AAAGUUAUGAAGCCUCAUAAAAUGAAGGCUGGUGGUGAGGCUGAGGGAACAUGAGUUUUUCUGUCUCCAGUAGGGGCUGACUGCAGCACUGGUUGGUGUGAAUAAUUCACUGCAGUUUAACAAAGUGCCUUUGCCCUGCCCCUUACUGCCUGCCUUGAGGGUGCUAGUGUGAAAACCCUGCUGACAUGAACAUCUAUGCACUAGUGCUCUGUUCCCUACAGAGCUACAAGUAAAGGACCUUAUUUAUGUAUUGCCAUCAAGUGGAGAAACUUUGUUGGAUUUGUUAGGUCUAUGAGUUCCUAUAUCCCCUCUUCUUCCUUCCAGUUACUCUGUCUUGUUUUCAGGAAAAUCAUUCUUAUGCUUAGUGUCAUGCAGUUGCUACUUGGUGUUGCUAAAUGAUUAAUAGCUAACAUUUCUAAUUAUUGUAUAUUGAGUUAACAUGUGUGGCUCAGUUGUGAUCUGCCCCUGGAGCAGCAAAAGUAAAAUCCAAGCACUGAGAAGAUUGAAGUAGAAGGCCAGGUUUUACACAGUUGCAAGUAAAGUUAAUACUGUGUUGUUGUGGCCAUACUCAUCUUUCCCACUGUACAUCUCGUGUACUGCACAGAAGAGGCAGGAAGGAGAGCUUCAGAGGGCAGAGGUGCUGGGGUAAUGCUAAGAUGUUCAGGUGACAGAUGGCUAUCUUCACAGAGAGAGAUCUGUAAGCUGUGUUUUACCGGGACUGUCUUAACGCUUAAUAAAGUUGUUUCCUAUUUUCUUGGGUAAACAGAUAGUGUUAUGUGAAGCAAAGGGAAUAGGACACAUCAUUGUUCUGCCCUGGGAGAAAGGAGGGGUUGCACUUGGCAUGCUUGUGUGCAUGUCUGUACCAUGGAGGAGUCCUAUCUGCUGCAUCUCCUUGCCACUUUAGGAGUUUCUUGGGGUGCCCUGGGAGGCCUAAUAAGGGCUGGUUAGUGAGGCAGCUCUUUCAUUAGCUAGAACAACAUUUGUGAUGGCCUGCAAUAAACUAAGCUCCUGCAAUUGAGUUCAGAUGCUUAUUUUUUAAAGAGUUUGGGUGUUGGAAAUAGUGAUCCUGCAGAAAAAUCUGAUUGGAAGAUGCUGAUACCAUUGGAUGCUUUGCUAAACCAAAGGGAAAAUCAGAGCCUUGUCAUCUUCUCUUAAGAUUUUUUAAUAACCAUUGUGUUUUUAAAUAGGUAUUGUGUUUAAUCCUCUUCUAGAUACACAGAUAAUGCCAACUGACUAUGCAAAGUGUAGAAAAAUUUUCCUGGAUGCUCCUAAAAUGCAUUAGCAUAUUUUCCCUGUUUCCUAAAAACUUUUUAUUGAACUUUUAUAACCAGUUGGAUUUUAUCUGCAUCGUUUUGGUUUGGUUUGAUUCCAAGAAUUCUACUUGUAGUUGUCAAUGUGGUAUUUAACCUAAAUUUAAAGGGUGAAGAAAAGUUGUGUAGUGGGUCAAGCUGAAGUAGCUGGCCUAACUGGUGUCUUGCUGUAUAGAAACGUAGAAUGGUUUGGGUUUCAAGGGACCUUAAGGAUAAUCUACUCUAGCCCUCCUUGCUGUGGGCAGGGAUACCUUCCUCUAGAUAAGGUUGCUUAAAGCCCCACCCAACCUGGCCUUGAGCAUCUCCAGAGAUGGGCAUCCACAACUUCUCUGGGAAACCUGUUCCAGUUUCUCACUAGUGUCACAGUAAAGAAUUCACAGUAUCUCAUAUAAACCUGCCUCUUUGAGUUUGAAGCCUUUCUGCCUGGCCCUAUCACUACAUGUGCUCGUAAAAAGUCCCUCUCCAGCUUUCUUUUAGCCCUGCGCCCUUUAGGUAAUGGAAGGUGCUCUAAGGUCUCCUCAGGAGCUUUCUACAGGCUGAAGAAGCCUGACCCUUUCAGCCUGUGUUCAUUAGAAAGGUUCUCCAGCCCAGCUUUGAUCAUGUUCAUUAGAGCUCCUGUGGACUCAUUCCAACAGGUCCACAUUUUUAUGUUUGGGGUCUCAGAGCUGGAUAUAGCACAGCAGGUUGGUUCUCAUCAGAGAGGAGUAGGGAGACAGAAUCAACCUGCUGUCAGUGUUUCUUUUGAUGCAGGCCAGGAUGUGGUUGGAUUUCUGGGCUGCAAGGGCGCAUGGCUGGCUCAUGUUGAGCCUCUUAUCAGCCCACAAGUUCUUCUCAGGGCUGUUCUUGAUCCAUUCUCUGCCCAGUCUGUGCUUAUUCUUGGGAUUGCCUGCCCCAGCCCAUGUGCACUUGGUGUUGUUGAACUUCAUGAGGUUUGCUCAGACCCAUCUCUUGAGACUGUCAAAAGAGUCUUCCGUUUCCUUGCAGAGGGGACUCACAUUUUCUUUAGUUUUCAUUUUAUUACCAAUGUACCUAAAGAAACUUUUCUUGUUGCCUUUGAUAUUCCUGGCCAGAUUUAAGUUUCUCAUAUUAGCUUUCCUAACAUGAUCCCUUGUUCAGACAAUCUCUAUCCCUCCCAGGCUACACAUUCUUGCUUGCACCCUCUUCAGGCUUCCUCUCUGUGCUUCAGUUUGUCCAGGAGCUCCUUGUUCCUCUGUACUGGUACACUGUGGCCUCUGAAGGCUGUCCCUCUCUAUCCAGCAAGGCUUGCUGAAAGACUUGGGAAUCAGCUCUUGAAGUGCUACAGUGUCCCAGACAGGCAUGUUAACAUAAUAAAGAACUUAAUGACCAGAGGCUCUUAUGAUCUGGUGAUGACCUAAGCUGCUCCCACGUGGUCCAUGCAUCAGUACCCCAGUUUGCACAUAGUAGUAGCCUGAUUUAGAUUAUGCACCAUUAUGGCUACACUGUUUCCAAUUGGUUUUUGGGGUGGGAAAAGGUUACUUACUCCCUUCUGUAUGUGAACUAUGCCUUUCUCUCUCAUGUGAAAGAAAACCAUGUGCUUGUUUAUUCUCCCUUUUCUAGAGAAAGCACUUUCACUGCAUAUGUAGUGUUUGCCCUUUCCUUUUGAACUCUGGUCAUUUAUGUUUGUUUUCUUUUCUGCUUCCCCAGUGUUGAGUCCUACCUUUUCUACCAACUUUUCCUGAAUGGCUCUAUUUCUCUAUUGAAUUCUGUUUCUGGUCUCAAAGUUAUUUUCCUGUGUUUACAGGGAGAAUAGAUAUGUAUGUAAAUGGAGUUGUCUUCGCCAUGGUAAUAUGAUCUUCAAAGGCUUGGACUACAGUCACUUUGCUACAUUCUUUAUAUAAAAUGUUUGUCUUGGCAAGUUUCUGCCAACAAAGUGCUGUGAAGGCCCAGUCCUACUAAUUGCCUUCUGCUCCCACUGAACUGAUGGGGCCUGUAUGCAUUAAAAAUAGACUUUACAAUUAAAGUUGCAUGGUCCUUAGACUGUUAUGUUAAUGUUCUACCAUUUUGUUCAUUUUCUACCUUUCUUUACUGAGGUAAUCUACUGAGGAAGAGAUCAUUAGCUCUUAACUUUUCAUGACCAUUUGGUGUGUGUUAAAUACAGGAGUCCAUAGCAGCUGAGGUGGAUAACCAGGUUUCAGUCCAACAUGGAAACCUGUAUGUAGGUAGUCCACAGGGAGUCCUGAGUUUGAGGCAUCACUGUCUCUUUUUGUACCUGUUUUUUUCUUUGCCAUUAAAGCUGGUCAGUUUGUGCUGUGGACUAAUAAAAUGGGCUGUCAUGGGCAAGAAGGUUGCACAGGCUUAAGGAGAGGUUUGCUGGGAGAGAGGAUAUGUGAUGUCAAGAGCAAAGCAGGAAGAGAGUACAUCAGUACUGUGCCAUCAGCUUGUACUGCAGGCCCCACCACAACACAAAAUUCUCAAUGGAGUGGACCUACACCUCAAAAGAGAUUGGAAAAGUGAUAAAGUGAGCACACAGAUGGUUCUAUUGCAGCUUUCUCUAGCCCCUCAGUCUAAAACCUUUUCUGUGUUCUGAUACUUUCUUGAUCUUGGGACUGGAAAAUGGAAUGUCCUGCUACUGCCCUUAGCUCCUGUCCUGGUUUUCAAAUAAGAGGUCACAUACUGGGGGUUACCCAGCCUCCCAGCCCACUGGGUGCUUGCUUAGAGCAUGACCCCUCAAACAUUACCUGGAAGAACAGGGAGGAGGGAACAGUGGCACGAGAUGGAUGGUGACAGAUGAUUCACACAAUAUUCACACAAGUCUUACAAAUGCAGCAGCUUUGCAUCAGAGGGUAUUAAUUGAUAUAGUCACAAGUGGUACUCUCUAUUUGUCCUGGAAAUUGAGAGUGAAGCCAUUUAUAUCUGUUGAAGUAUAAACUGCUGUAACUGAGGGGGAUGUUCUCUAAAUCCCACUUCCCAGAAUCAGCUGGCCCCAGUUUUUUGCUGCUUGAAUGUAUAUGGAGUCUUGUGGUUUAUCCAGGCCUCAAACUAGUCUAGGUGUUUAAGGUAAAAACCAGAGUUGUACGACUAUUUAGAAGCUAUAGUGAAAUAGUGCUAAAUUUGUAUCAAAAGAUGUUUUUAAAAAAAACCCCAAAAAAUCAUGAAGAUGCCUGCCAUGUGGAUAAUUUAGCAUUUACAUUGUUGUGGGGUGUUCAGACAUGGCUCUGAAACAGUUGCCUGUUUUACUCAAGUCAAGAAUGCUGCAGCCAGUUGCAAGAAUAGAGAGAAUUUCAGCAAGGGGAGUGUGUUAAUUAUCCACACAAGAUAGUCACAUUCAGUGUUGUGUUUCAUGUGUUUUCAUAUCUCCUGAAGCAAAGGAAGUGUUGUGCUGGGGCAAUGUGCAUGCAUGGCUUAGAGCUGAAUAGAUGUAAAUGGUUAAAAAGGGGUUCUCUGCUAGAGAGGAGGAGGGGAAAGUAAGUGUGCAUUCCCAAAAAAGUACAUUCCCAAAAUAAAAAGCUUACAUCAUGGACCUCUUCAGUUUUCCCACACUUCUUCCCUAAUUAUUGUCCUGCAGGACAGCUGAUCUAUUUCAAACAGGAAGCUGUUUACAGAUAACACUUGCAACUGUUUUGUCUGAUUUGUUGAACUGUCAAAAAGAAAAAGACAACCUCUUUUCAAAUUAAAAACUGUCAGACUUCUGUAAACAUCAGCAAUGAGGUUCAUCUGUGCAGUGUCCCUGCAGGCACAGAGCAUUGUGCAGUUCCCAUUCUCUCAGCAGCCAUAAGGAGUCAGUGACCUGUAAGUGCUCAUUAUGAAGAGAGAUCUGGUUUUCUUGGUGACUCUAAUUAGCCUUGCCUUCCUGUCACUGCUAAGAUCUGGAUAUCCUCAACACAUUGCAGAGGAGUCCUGCUCUGUUCAGAUUCUUGUUCCAGGCCUCAAAGGGGAGGCUGGAGAAAAGGGGGAGAAAGGUGCUCCAGGUCGUCCUGGCAGAGUUGGACCUCCAGGAGAAAAAGGAGAAAUGGGGGACAAAGGACAGAAAGGCAGCAUAGGACGGCAUGGAAAAAUUGGUCCUAUUGGUUCAAAAGGUGAAAAAGGAGAUAAUGGUGACAUAGGACCACCGGGUCCUAAUGGUGACCCAGGCAUCCCUUGUGAGUGCAGUCAGCUAAGGAAGGCUAUUGGUGAAAUGGAUAUUCAAGUAGCCCAGCUGACGACAGAGCUAAAAUUCAUAAAAAAUGCACUGCCCUCCCCCGCAGCUGUCGCCGGCGUGCGUGAGACGGACAACAAGAUCUAUCUGCUGGUGAAGGAGGAGAAGAGGUACAAGGAAGCCCAGCUGUACUGCCACGGACGAGGAGGGACGCUGAGCAUGCCCAAGGAUGAGACUGCCAACAACCUGAUUGCCUCGUACAUCAACCAAGCUGGGCUCACCAGAGUCUUCAUUGGGAUUAACGACCUGGAGAAAGAGGGGAAUUUUGUCUAUUCCGACCGGUCGCCCAUGCAGACCUUCAACAAGUGGCGCAGCGGGGAGCCCAACAACGCUUACGAUGAGGAGGACUGUGUGGAGAUGGUGGCCUCUGGGGGCUGGAACGAUGUUGCCUGUCACAUUACCAUGUAUUUUGUGUGUGAAUUUGACAAAGAAAAUGUCUAAGCUGCUCUGUUCUUUCUCUAUUGUAAGACAAAUGCUUAAGACAAUUGUACAAGUUGCUCCGUGUUUAUAGAGUACGAGUGAAAUUUUGCAAGUAUGUGGCAUCAGGGUUGUACAGCUGUAAAUACAGUUUAGGUAUUUCAAAUAUCAGAAUUUACCCUUCAGAAGGGAAGAGCAGUAAUAAGGCAUAGCUUGGUUGGCUUUUUAUUUAGGAAAAUAUAUCUAUUUAGAUAAAAAUGUGCCCUUACAACAGUUAACAAAUGUGGUUACAUGCCUGUAAGAGUAGGCAGAAUUUGACCUCUAGUUGUUAGAAUGGUUAGAAUUAGAUUCCUGAUAUUCUUUUAUCUUAAUAAAAUUUGUAGCUAUAAAUACUAAUUUCUUGUAGUGCUACAGGGAUAUUUUAGCAACAAGACAUAUUUUGUAUACUCCAGUCAAUAAGUACAAAUAUUACUGUAGGUUUUUUGAAUGUUACAAUUUUAUUUUUUUUUAACUGGCCAAAGCAAACCAAAAGUCAUGAUUUAUACAAUUUUAUAAUGUUUCUUCAUUGAUCUAUUCACAGAUGUAUGACCAAAAAGCAUUUAAGUAAACUGAAUUUUAGUUCUGAGGGAGGACAAAGUCUAGUGAAAGGUGUUCCUGCCCAUGGCAGGAGAUUGAAACUAAGUAAUCUUUAAGGUUUCUUCCAACCCAAACUAUUUUAUGAUUCCAUGUUUCUAUGCUAUGAAAAUUGUUAUAAUUUAGUAUUGAGGGUUUCCAUCCAGAUGGUGUUUUGGGGUUGGCUAAAUGUAAAAGUAACAAUUCAAUUUUCUGCAUUCCUUUGCUGAAAAUUAUUCAGUACAUGAAGUAUUUCAGAUACUAUAUAAUUCCCUAAAAUAAACAUUUCACUUUUUUUUUAGAAAAUCUUGGUGUGUCUUGUUACAAAAUAAGCAAAAAUACCAGCCCUCCACAAUUUAAGGCAGACUUCAUAUGUAUGCAAUUAAGCUCAUGAAAACAAAUUAGCAAUCAGUUCCUUUUAGUAAGAAAGCAUCUUAAAUGUUUGCACAGAUUGUUAAAAUAAUCCCUUGAAAAGCAGAAAAGUUUCCAAAUUUUUCCUGUGUAUAUAGCAGUAAUAAAUAACUUUGUGCAAAUAAUUUAUGUACCAAAUUUACAAUUGCAUGUGAUGGAAAAUGUGAUGUAUAUUAAAAAAAAUCACCCCAGCAUAAUUUCACAAAAGAAAUGAUGAAUUACUUUAAAUCUUCCCAGGAACCAGUUGCAUGCCACCUCAUCUCACUGUUAGGCACAGAAAAAUCAAAAAAAAUUUGCAAAAUCCCUGUGUUUCUUUAGGAAUACCUCGCACAGUGUUUUAAGAUGAUUUUUAAGGAUAAAUUAUCAUUGCAUAACAUUCUGGUCAAAAUGCAUAUCUGAUCAUUAUGGAAGAUUGGCAUAUAGGCUAUCCACAGUGGAAAUGGCAUGUGGUCCCAGAGAUUUCCUGACAAGGAAACCAACUCAUCAACCUUGCUGUGCUGUGCCAUGUAAACAACCAAUAACCAUACAAGGCUGUUCAUAUCCACAGAUGCUGACAUUAAUUGAUUUAUAUACCUAAGAAAACAAACUGUUUUGUUUGAUAUAUUUACUCUGUAAAUCUCACUACUUUAUAUAUAUAUAUGUUUGCUUUAAUUUUGAAGAUCACUAGCAGUACUAUAGUAUCCUAUAGUAUUUGAUUAUCAGCCCAGCUCCAGAGAAAUCACUUAAAUGGGUCCUUUGAUUGCUUUCUUUUCUUUUAAUAAAGAUAGGUAUGAUACCUGUGUGUUAGUCAUUCUACCAACUGCAUAUUGAAAUCUAUUAAAUAAUGUGAAUUUCUUUCUACACUAAUAUACAAAGACUCUGUAGAAUUUGCAGGGAGCUAACAAUUCCAGUAGAGCAAUUUGUUUAGAGUAGUGCCUUUUGAAUAUCAUGAUUGUUUCCUGCCUGCUAUAGAAAUCCUCAGAAACCGUUUAAAUCUCCAACAUACUUUUGUCAAAUCAUUGUUGCUAUAUUAAAACAGUCCAAACCUGAGAUACAGAUAUUUGAAGCUCCCUCAUUAUGUGUGCUGAAGUUGCUGUUUUUCACCUAGGUUUUGAAAGUUUCUGUUGUAUUGUUCAAUUUCCUCAGAAAGAUGAAAAGAGGACUUCUAUGGAGAUAGGAAGCUUUUUGAGAUGUUAUAUGCUCCUAUUUUAGCUGAAGUCACACCAGGUUUUAAAGAUUUCCUCGAUAUGUGUAGCAUUUAAACAGUCUCAAUUUCUAUUAAAAUUUAGGAUAAAGAAUAAAAGAAGUGGAAAAACA